UGGCUCGCGCGAUUCUGCCGUCUACGACGCGCCACAGCCGGCGUCGACCUUAAAGGUCGCGCGCGCUUUCUCCCCUCCCCCUCGCGCGCCGCUACUGUCGCCGCCGCGUCGCGCGCGCAACUUCGCGCCGUUCGUCGCGUUACUCGCGUGUUUUUCGUGCGCGUCCUCCCGAUCAACAAUCCCCGAUAUAUCGCGAAGGGACGACGAUCCGUGCACAGUGUCUUCUCGGAUUUCUCCUGGGACAUACUCGUCGUGCGUUUACUGCGCGAUCGCGGCGCUCUGAUCGCGACUUUUCCGCGGCGCGAUACACACCGAUCCCCGCGAUGCAUCGAUUCCUGUGUGACACGUAUCGACCCCCGCGAUGUAUCGAUUCCCGCGAUAUUGUUCGCAUUUCUGACAAUAUGUCGAGGGAUCUUUUUAUUAAAGUAAUUGAGUGUUUACUAAAGUGAUCGAGAGGAACGGAGGAAGAAGGAGAGAACGCGUUUCUUAUUUUCCAGCGCGAAACUCGCCGGCGGUGGCGAGCAAACGGAGCGCCAUCCCCUGCUAUUGAUCGUCGCCGGCUCUUCAACAUGGCGCCGGGGGUGGCGUUCGCGCUCAGCCUGAUCCUCGUCGUCGGUCACCUGCAGGAAGGGCCAGGCUCCCUCGCGAAGACCUUCACAUUCCCCGAGUACCCGUACAAGGAGACCACCAAGAAUGAGCUCCUUUUUCGGCAGUUCGAGCAGGCCUGCGAGGAGAGCGGUGCCUGCAAAAUGUUAUCGCACAGGAGCGGCGUCGCGAAAACCAAGUGCAUUCGAGAAUGCGUGUCGCCGUCCUGCUACAAGGAGAUCUAUUUAUUCGAUCAGUUGGAGGAGGGUGAGAUUGACGUGAGAUUAAAUUCCUUCAAGGGUUGCUUCAUGCAGCGAAACGGACGGCCGCGAAAGUGAGAGACGAAGGAACGGAGAAGAGAGCCGCGCGCGACUUUUAAUCGCGCAAUGAACGAGCGAGCGAUCGAGACGAAUCGUCGGUGUACCGUUUAUCCCCUUCGGGGUCUCGUUGGUCGUUUGCGAGAAAAAAAGAGAAAGAACAACGGCGUCCCGGCGUCUAAAGUCUCUCGACCGAUCCGAAAGGAUUAGAUCGACGAUUAACGCACGAUGCGUCUUGCACAUUCGGGAAUAGUUGGAGGAAUGUGGAUUGUUAACGAAUGCGCUUCGUGCAGCUUUUCACAGGGAAGUGGUGGCGGUACACCGACGGGGUAAUUGUGUUCGCACCGGAGAACAAUCUUUUUCUACUUUUUGUACGCACACGUUACCGCCACGACGUCGUCAUCGUCGUGUAACGUUGAUAAACGACACUGCACAAAAUAAGGGGAUGAAUUGUUAACGGUUCGCCGUAGUAGCGUAGUAAGUUAUAGGUCACCGUUUUACCGCCUUUAUACGCCGCUAAGGAACAAUCUCUCUCGUUGAAAUAUUCUUCAAUCUCGGUAUAUAUACACACACUCAUAUAUCCGUAGAUAUAUUCGAUUUACCUACGAUAUGCAUGUUACUCGAAUAACACAAUCUCGAUGUAUAGCGAAUGAUGGAUAGCGGUGCUUCAAAGCCAUCGUGCAUUCACCAUUAUACGCGCACUUUAUUCCCUCGAAAUACAGAACUUCAAGUUGACGGACUCCUAUUGAAAGUAAAUCACAUCGAUCUUGCUCGAGAGGAAAAGUCGUGACUUAAUGUUUCGUAAAAACGUAAAGAGGAGGAAAAAUGAGAGAUAGAACGCGUUUGCAACUUCGCUAAACGACAUAAGCCACUUGUACUGUGAUACAACGUGAUAUGAUAUACGAGUUUUAUUAUUGUUCACUCGGAUACUGCGACAGCUGUAAAGAAAAGUAUGUACAUAUAUACACAUAUAUACAUAUAUAUAUAUAUAUACAAAAAUGUAACGUAAGGUAAAACCAAUCAAUCUCGUGUGAUCACGCGUGAUUUACACUGAACGUUCGCGGGAGGGAGAGAGCGAUGAACUUACCGCGCGUUGAAGGUCCCAAUAGGCCCUCAGGCCCUUCUUCUUAACGAUCGCGGAAUACUCCCUAAGCUGGUCCAGAACUUCGUCAAAGGGCGUCUUGUACAACGAUCUGGAGUUCCACGGUACGUCGUUACAAGUCGUCCUGCGAUAAUGAAGCCACACGACGGCGUAUUUCACGAAGUGACGUGACACAUGUCGCGUGUUCACGACGUCGAGGAAGAGAUUGUAAUUACUCAUCACGGUGCAAAGAAGAGGUAUCAGCUCGGGCACCUUGGCGUUACAAAAAUUCAACAGAGCUUCUAAACACUGAUAUACCAGGUCUCUUUGCACUGGAUAUUCCUACAAAAAGAAUAGCUAAAAUAGAACUAACUAUAACAGUUCAGAAUUAAUAGAUAAUUAUCGACUUCUCUUGUUCUCUCUUUUUGUCUCUUUCUCUCUCUCUCUCUCUCUCUCUCUCUCGUCUAAUCGAUAAAACGAUCGUCGAUUUUUUGCAGGAUACGCUUUUCGACCUUUCGAUACGAAAGGUGUUUUCGUUCGUUUUCGCGUCGUUGCACUUUUCAAUGCUACUGACCUGUACGUGCGCCAUAUGGAGAAAUUCAUAAAGAUUGAUAAGCAUGUCAGUGUCGUCGGCAUCGGCAUUGGCUGCGAUCUCUUGCAAGACGACAGCCGAUCUAUUAACAUUCUGCGUCAGAAGCUCGCGUAUUAGUUGUAAUCCGUUUAUUGCGCAGCACAGCGAUUUUGCCGCGUGCAUUAACAGCUCAACCAAAGCUUUUAUGCGGACGAUCAACGACUGUUCGCACUGGAAUGCACACGAGAUCGCGCUAAAAUAUUUGAGAGUGUUUGUGCGAGACUGAGAUUCACGCGCGUGCGAAUCUCUCUCUCAGAAAGAUACUAGCAUUCGUUACCUUGAUCGAGGAUUUCUUCUGACAAUGCACAACGUACGUCAGCAGCUUCACGCUAACCGACGACAAUUCUGAUCUCUCUUUCGAAAAUCCGUAGACGUACAGAUUCUUCAGUAGCUCGGCGUUCUUUAUGUAGAUCUUAAGCACUGUAAUGGAAAUAUUUCGACCAAAUACAUUACAUUUCGCUCGAA